AUGCCUAAGCUCCUUCUGGAAGCACUUGCGAGUUGUCUGCUCAUAAGGACUGGUCUUGCUGUCGAGAAUAGUAAUGGCGAUGCAUUAACGCCCUCACAGUCCCCAACCCCCGGGCUAGGCAAUUACAUCCUCCAUGGUCUUGGGCGAGCGUUCUCUGGAUCUCCCACCCCAGCGGCCUCCAUGUCGACAUCAACUGUAGCCACUACUUCAGACCCGGGUCCACCGCCCUGGACUGUCUCUGUACCAAAGUCGAACAUAGCAUGGUCCGGCGACUUCAAUCCCGACUACGUGACCCACGCACAGAGCUGCUGGGACGUAUAUACAUCCUGGUACGCCUCGUGGUAUGCAUCAAGCAUCUCGGGGAAGACGACCAUCAUCAACUCGACAUCUCUGGCCACCUUCACCACCAGCUCAACCAUCUAUCCCGCGGGUAAUAUCAGCACGUACAAGCUCUGCGACGGCACACCCAGAGCCCACUAUUCGCCAUCCACAACUGUCUUUGUGACGACAUUGACAGAGGUCUUCUCAAAUAUAGUGAAGACAACAUCUCCAGUGAUACCCGAGCCACAAUGUAGGCCCAAUCAGGACGACUGUGCCGUGUUAUACUACGGCACCAACUUGACCGACUAUUCAGACCGUGAUUUCGCACGGGUUCGACUUUAUGGCGCGUGUGGCGAUCCACUAGAUUCUACGUUCCCAUGCUUGAUCCAGGGCGGCCCUGUGCAGCUGCUUUACUUUCCCGUCACGACAACGGGAGGCGGCCUCUGCGGACCCGAUGGCACGAUCGUCACGCCUACGAGCGCCCCGAAACCCAUCACGACGCUGGGGACAACCCUCUUCCCAGACUCGGUCUACAUAUCAUUCGAGACACUCUACGCUGCGUAUCGGCCAUUCACUGGGCCUGGAGGCGCAGCCGCGCAAAUAGGCCCUACCUUCUCCAACACCAUCAUGGCGUUCAAAUCACAAGAGAUCUCCACGAACUGCUACGCUACAUGGUGGAAUCAAACCCAAACAUCGAUACCCGGGUACGGACCAGGGACACAGCUCAACUUCGCCGACCUCAACUCGCCGGUCUCAGCAAGUGCGUACGAGUGUCAGAAUCAGUGUCUGGAUUACAGUGUGCCGUAUACUGGUGGGGAGUAUGUCACGCAAUAUCUCCAGCCGAACUGGUGCGAGACCAUCCUCGACAACUUCAAUCCUCUGAUAGCGGUGCCUACGAGGCUGCGUGAUAUGGUCCCUGAGUGGAAGAAGUGCAAGUUCUGGAGCCCGAGACAGGCAAAUGUUAUCUUCGAUCCACCGCAAGCAUUAACGGAAGCGUCUUUGGAAGCAAAGCCAACAGCACCGCCGGGGUAUUCAAAUCCUUCACCUAGUCCUACACCGACUCCGCCUGUGGCUCUCCCUACAGGCACUGCCGAGCAGGAGAAUGUGCCUUCGUCUCCAGAAUCAGCGAAUCAACCGCCAGCAAGUACAGGCCUUCAAAGUCAAGAAGGCGUAACAUUACCAAACCAGUCCCCAGCGAGUUCGCCCAGUGAUCCACCUACCGAUCCAAGUCCAUCACAGCAACACGACUCACCAGCAGGUACCACGAUCAUCGCCGGCAGCCGCACAAUCACCGCAUCCUUCCCUUCAGACGCAACCAAUGUCGCACUCGUCGAAGGCACUACACUAUCCCCUGGAGGCUCAGCAAUCUCCAUCGAUGGACAGAUGGUGUCCAUGGGCUCACAAGGGCUUGUUGCUGUAGAUGCAGUCUCGUCAAAGGCUGAUAGUACGACUUCAUCCUUAUCAUCCUCAUCAUCUAGAGAUAUCACAUCAGCGCCCGCUCAAAUUAGCACGACGCCGAGCAGUUCGCCGGCAACGACAAGCAGCGGGGCGGCGCACAAGAUCCUUCACAGCUCUGAUUUGAUCGUCAACAAUCAACCUCAGCGAAUAUCGUGGCGCCUGCCGAUAGCCAAGAUUAUCCGAGAUACUGAACUGCCAAUGCCGUCCACACUCAGUACAGCUGCUAGGUUCGAAUUCCGGCACGUAUCCCACGGAGGCCAUGAUAAGGUCUGCGUCCUCGUCGAUCUCAUCCCUAUCCUCUGUCUGCAGGACAGUAAUAGAGCGUUCCACACUAAACACCGAACCAAGAUCCCUCAAACAAGACUUCGAGACCCCCUGAGCCUCAUGAUCAACAUGCGCACACAUAUCCUCACGCAAGAAAUCCAGCGGUCGGGGCUCGCAGUCGGCGGUUUCCCGUCUCUGGCGGAGGGAUUGCCAGUCUUCAGUCCAGUGCGAGCAGAGACGGAUGGGGGCGGUGGAAGCGAGACAUUUGCGUGUGUGGACGGACUUCGCUCGCUCGGCGGGGGAGAAGUAUCUUCGCGGGUGCGCUUUGAUGCACGAGCUGCAGGGCAGCCAGGCUGUGUUGUUGCGGCACUUUCCCAACCCCAAGGACGAAAUCUUUUGAGGAAAACGCACCUUCGUCAACGCAAAAUCCAACCCAUGCUCGCUCAACACCGGCCACAAGUCCUCCGCGAACGAAAGAUUCCUCAGAUCGACCAUCUGGUAAUCGACAGCUUGGAAGAGCGCUCGACACGUCCGUCCGAGACAGACGAGAUCGCUCGGGUCCAGGUAGCUUUCGAUCAUGCACAAGACCUCUGCGGGGAGUUCUUGGAGUCUGCGCUCGAAGCGGCUGGCCAUCCAGGCUGCGAAGACGGAGUGCAGACCUGUUGA